GCGACCGACGAAGGCCGGACGCUAGAAAUUUCCAUUCGCAGGCGAAAAGCGAAUCCAUAAUUGAUGUGAAUGUGAAAAGCGUAUAUCGAAUCGAAUGUUCUGGACUUGUUUGUCAAACGAACCGAGCAGAUAGCAAGCCGACACUAGCUGGAACACAAAGAGAACGAGAACUCUGCGAUCGCGUUGUUACGCCCCUCAUCGAAAAAGAAACUUAAAUCAGAGAAAGAAACUGCAAGCACCCAAAAGUGUCGGCAACUGAAUCACUUGAAUCGGAAAAGCGGCCAGACGACAAGGAGGCGUUUAGAAAAUGUCCGUGAUUGGCAUCGAUUUUGGCAACGAGGGCUGCUAUGUGGCGGCGGCCAGGUCCGGCGGCAUCGAGACGCUGGCCAACGACUACAGUCUCCGGGCCACGCCCUCCUUUGUGGCCUUCGAUGGCAAGAAGCGGAUCAUCGGCGUGGCGGCCAAGAACCAGCAGGUGACAAACAUGAAAAACACAGUUGGCGGCUUCAAGCGCCUGCUCGGUCGCAAAUUCAACGAUCCCCAUGUACAACACGAACUCAAGAGCAUUCCAGCGCGCGUAGAGGCGCGCGGCGACGGCAGUAUCGGCAUCAAGGUGAACUACCUGGGUGAGGAUCAGCAUUUCGGUCCCGAGCAGCUGACGGCGAUGCUGUUCACCAAGCUGAAGGAGACCUCGGCGGCAGCCAUGCAGACGCAGGUGAACGACUGCGUCAUCGCCUGUCCCGUGUUCUUCACCAACGCCGAGCGCCGGGCUCUUCUGGAUGCCGCCCAGAUUGCCGGACUCAAUGUCCUGCGGCUGAUGAACGAGACGACGGCCACGGCGCUGGCCUACGGCUUCUACAAGAACGACCUGUUCGAGGACAAGCCGCGCAACGUGAUCUUCGUUGACUUUGGGCACUCGUCACUGCAGGCCAGUGCCUGUGCCUUCACCAAGGGCAAGCUGAAGAUGCUGGCCAGCACCUGGGAUCAGAUCGGCGGACGCGACUUUGACCUCGCUCUGAGCGACUACUUCGCCAAGGAGUUCCAGGAGCGCUACAAAAUCAACGCCAAGACCAAUGCCCGAGCCCAUCUGCGCCUGCUCACCGAAAUCGAGAAACUGAAGAAGCAGAUGUCUGCCAACAGCACCAAGCUGCCGCUGAACAUUGAAUGUUUCCUGGAUGACAUCGACGUGUCGUCGUCUAUGCAGCGCUCACAGAUGGAGGAGUUGUGCGCCCCGGUUUUGCAGCGCGUUGAGCAGACGUUCAAGCGCCUGCUGGCCGAGUCAAAGCUGCAGCUGGACGACAUUCACUCGGUGGAGAUCGUUGGCGGUAGCUCUCGCAUUCCAUCCGUGAAGCAGCUUAUUGAGCAGGUCUUUAACAAGCCAGCAAGCACCACUCUGAACCAGGAUGAGGCUGUGUCCCGCGGUGCAGCCCUUCAGUGCGCCAUCAUGUCGCCGGCCGUACGUGUCCGGGAGUUCGGUGUCACCGACAUUCAGAACUACGCCGUGAAGGUGCUGUGGGACAGUGAGGGCUCCGCCGCUCCGGGAGAGAUCGAGAUCUUCCCGCAGUACCAUGCGUCGCCGUUCAGCCGCCUGCUGACAAUCAACCGCAAGGGACCGUUCAACGUUUCGAUUGUUUAUGGCCAGCAGGUGCCAUAUCCGGAUCAAACUAUUGGCGUGUGGAAGGUCAAGGAUGUGAAGCCGACGGAGCGCGGCGAGGGCCAGGAUGUUAAGCUGAAGGUGCGCAUCAACAACAAUGGCAUCGUGCUGAUCUCCUCGGCCACUUUGGUGGAGAAGAAGGAAGCGGAGGAGGCUGCCGCCGCUGCCGAGCAGGCUGCCGGCGAGGAGAAGCCAGGCGAGCAGGCAAACAACGCUGGCGAACCCGCAGAUGGUCAGCAGGAGGCAUAUUGUGAGAAUGAGGAUGAUAAUAAUACAUCAACAGCCUCAUCACCUGGCGGACAAGGGUGGGCACAGCGGGUCAAGGGCUGGUUUAGUUCGGGCGCUGAUAAGAAGAAGAAGGCCUCCAAGGCCACCGAGUUGCCGCUGGAGUGCACCACCCACGGCUUCAGCCCCGUCGACCUGGGCAACUACACACAGCAGGAGUCCAAGAUGAUUGGCAACGAUCAGAAGGAAACCGAACGCAUCGAUGCCAAAAAUGCCUUGGAGGAGUUUGUCUACGAUAUGCGUAAUAAGCUACAGGGUGGACCCUUGGAGCGUUUCGUCGUGGAGGCGGAGCGCGAGGCCAUUGUGGCUCAGUUGAAUGAUCUCGAGAACUGGCUGUACGAGGAUGGAGAGGACUGCGAGCGCGAGACUUACACCAGCCGCCUGCAGGCACUGCACCAGAAGACGGAUCCCAUCAAGCUGCGCGCCAGCGACUACGAGCAGUGCCCGGCUGCCUUUGAUGAGCUGAAGAACAGCAUUGGCAUUGCCCGCCUGGCGGUGGCCGAGUUCCGCAAGGGUGUGCCCAAGUACGAUCAUCUGACGGAGACCGAGUUCAUCAACAUCUCGGAGACGGCGGACAAGGCGCAAAAGUGGCUGGAUGCCAAUCUGGCCAAGUUCACACAGUCGCCACGAACAGCCGACAGUCCCGUCCAGGUUGCCGCCGUGCGCCAAGAGGUGCACAGCCUGAACGCGUGCGUCACCUCAGUGAUCAACCGGGCGAAACCGAAGCCAACUCCGGCCAAGACGGCGACACCGCCCAAGGAUGAGGCUAAUGCGGAACAGAACGGAGGCGAGCCAACUGCCAAUGCCGGCGACAAAAUGGACGUGGACAACAAUGCCCAGAGCGCGGCAGGAAGCGAUCCCUCCAUGGAUGUGGAGUGAGCGCCGCCAGCUCCUUUCGCUAUCCGGUUGUCCCCGGCUAUCAUCGGUAUUGGCUAACGAUUAAUGAUAAUAAUAUUGAUAACUUAAACGGUAAACAUAUAUGAAAAAUCUUUGUAUAUGCACUUGCUUCAGGACUGGCAGAAAGAAAAUCCAAACAAAAUCAACACAACAAACGAAAUGCAACCAACCAAUAUACAAGUGUAAGAAUAUGAUUAAAUGCAACUGUGACCGCUGCUGGAACCGGAAACGGAUGACGGAGUGCGGGCAAAACAAUAGUAGAAAAGGAAAUGGUCAGAAAGGAACAAGGAACCCUACACACCUGCUGCUGCCCUGUGGAUGAUGCAAAACGGAACAGAAACACCCUAAAACAAUUUCUAAUCGACCAUUUUUCAUAUAUUUGAAUAACAAAAUCAACAAUGCGACACUAAAUGAAUGGAAUUCAAAUAAUCAAAUAAAAACAAUGAUGAUUUCAACUAA